GAAGUGCUUCCUGAUUGGCCGGGACAGUGGGACAACAUUUCCAUCGCUUCCAGGAAUCAUGGCGGACGAAGAAGAGGAUCCUCCCUUUGAAGAAGAUACUGAAGAGGCUGGAGGAGGUCCAGAUGGUGGACAAGGGAAAAGGAAGAGGCUCUUUUCCAAAGAAUUGAGAUGUAUGAUGUAUGGAUUUGGAGAUGACCAGAACCCAUACACAGAGUCAGUGGAUAUUCUUGAAGACCUAGUCAUAGAAUUCAUCACAGAAAUGACCCAUAAGGCAAUGUCUAUUGGACGGCAGGGUCGAGUACAAGUUGAAGAUAUCGUAUUCUUGAUCCGUAAAGACCCACGGAAAUUUGCCCGUGUGAAAGAUUUGCUAACAAUGAAUGAAGAACUAAAACGGGCCAGAAAGGCAUUUGACGAAGCAAACUAUGGAUCUUAAAGCUUUAUGCAGAAUGGUGUUUGCAAGAAGACAAACCUUAAUUGCCUAACUUAUCUUUUUCUUUGAAGUCAGCAUGCAUAUUCAUUUUGGAGUAUGAUUUCUUGGUGUGGGCUUCAAAACAAGGUGUCCUCAGAUUUUUCCUGCGAUCAUACUAUUUAUUACAGUUGACUUUUUAAAACAAA